AUAUCGGGAGAUUGGGGCAUUUAUGGGUCACUUCCUUUUGAUUUUGGGUCACUUCCUGUUAGUUCCCGGGCAUUUCCAGGUCACUUCCAGUUAAUGGGUCACUUCCUGUUGAUUUUUUUGUGUUUCCAAGUCACUUCCUAUACAUUUUGGGUCACUUCUUGUUCAUUUUGGGGCAUUUCCAGGUCACUUUCUGUUGAUUUUCGGGUAUUUCCAAGUCAAUUCCUUUACAUUUUUGGGUCACUCCCUGUUAAUUUCAGGGCAUUUCCAAGUCACUUGUUGAUAUUGUGUCACUUCCUGUACAUUUUCGGGCAUUUACAGGUGGGUUUUUUUUUAACAAACUUCCUGUUCAGGUCCAUUUCAUGGCAUUUCCAAGCCACUUCCUGUUGGUUUUGAGUCCUUUCCUGUUGCUUUCAGGUUGCUUCCUGUUCAUUUUUGGCCAUUUAUAGGUCUUUUUUUUUAUUUGAAGUCAGUUCCUGUUUAUUUGAAAGCAUUUCCAGGUCACUUCCUGCUGACUUUAGAGCCAUUACAGGUCACUUUUUGAUUUGAGUUUGCGACCUGUUGAUUUUGGGGCAUUCUAUUUCCUGCUCACUUCCUACUAAUAUCAUGUCACUUCCUGUUAAUUUCUAGGCAUUCACAGGUCACUCCCCGUUGAUAUCAGGUCACUACCUGUUAAUUUUGGCUCAUUUAGAGGUCACUUCCUGUUAAUUUUGGAGCAUUUCCCAGUUAAGUACGAAUGAUAUCGGGUCAUAAUCAACAGGAAGUGAUCAAUACUAGACAGGAAGUUACCCGUGAUAAAAAAUAAACUAUUGACAUAGAUUUGAUAUUGACCUUUUUAUUUGGCACCCAUAGACUACGGAAAACCGUAGAUAUGAUCCUUUACCUUUGGUGGUAGAAAAUAGGUUUAUCCACUAGAUGGCACUCAUGCUCAUGGGACGGGGAACAUUUCUGUUUUUCCAGUGGGAAUUCGAUGAUUUUGGUGUAUUUUUUUGGCCUAAUAUGGUUACGUAGUGGCUUACUGUAUAAAAAGAAUAACACUUUAUAUCGAUGACCUUGUGCAAAGAAAAAAUAUUUAGCAUUAUUUAAAUAUAAUAUAUAUAAAUGUGUGUGUAUAUAAAAACAUAAUCGGUUGCUCAGUAGUAUUUUCACCCAAUACUUUUUAACUUGUACUUGAGUGAAUUUUUGGAUGACAACUUUAGAUUUGAGUUCAGUAAUAUAAUUUGGAAGUAACGCUACUCUUACUUGAGUACACCUUUUGCCUACUCUGCAUAUAGUUAAGCUAAAUUGGUGGAGUGAAUUGUUAGUAUUUUCCCCUGAGAUGAUGAACAACCCUGCUAAAGAAAGUGUAUAUAUAGAUAUGAUAUCGCUCCGCCUCCCCCGAUGAAUUCCUCCUCUUUUCAUUGGCUGCCGGACGCGUCACUCUUGCUGUUCCGAGGCGGCAGGGUAGGUUGCUCUGCACCUUUCGGAUGCUCAAUUGAUGGGCGUCCGUCCGUUGCUCUGCGCUCCGCAAAGCAAGGCAAGGCAAAGCAAACAAAAGCACGCACUGUCAUCGAACCGAGCCGAGACCGCCGAACUCGGCCGUUUAUUUGGAGCAGAAGAUCGCUGGCGUCGGUGAAUGCACCUGCGGCGGGCGAUAGGCACAGUAUGCGGCCACCGUCUCGGUGGAUUUGAAAACGGACGAGGCGAUGGCGACCGCCCGGCGCCGAGCGUCGAGCUCCGACCCGGUCGCGACGGGAGGGUGACGGCCGAGGCGAGCCGAGCCGAGCGGGAGAUGGAGCCGUGACAUAUUGACGCGUCGCCUCCUUCUUUCCUUUCCUCCGUCGCCUCCGCCCAGAUGAUCCCGGUCUAAUCGAGAGUGGCUGUAUCGGCUAUUAUCUGUUUUAUUUUAUUUAUUUUUUUUGACGAGCUUUCCUCCCGCGGCGCGGCUCCGGAUCCGUCGUGACGCCACCCGCGGGCCGGACCAUGUUGGAGUCAGGAUGCCGCGCUUGCCCGUGAAGAAGAUCCGGAAGCAGUUCAAACUGCUGCUGCUCCUGGUGCUGCUCACCUCCGCCGUCUGGUUCACUUACCUGCACAUCCACCUGGGCAAGACCAUCAAGCUCCACUUUAACUACGGAAAAGAUGGCGAGAAAGAGACGGAUACGGAACGCCAGCGGGACACCCGUUCCUCUGCCGCCACCGGCCAUCGCCAGAACCGGGACGCCGGCGACAGCGGAGAGGACGACGUGGCGGACGAGCAGCCAAUGACGGCGGCCGACGGCCGAAGCCGCUCCCGCCUCCGCAAGUUUCUUACGGAGCGACACCAGAAAUUACCGUGGAAACCAGAGUUCAAGGGCCAAGUCAACCUUCACGUGUUUGAGGACUGGUGCGGCUCCAGCGUAGCCCAGCUCAGAAAGAACCUCCACUUUCCUCUCUACCCUCAUACGAGAACCACCCUGAAGAAGCUGGCCGUGGCUCCCAAGUGGAAGAAUUACGGCCUGAGAAUCUUUGGAUUCCUCCACCCUUACCGCGACGGCGAUUUCCAGUUCUCGGUGUCAUCUGACGAUAAUUCCGAGUUCUGGCUCAGUCCCGACGAAAGUCCUCUCAACGCCAGACUGCUGGUCUUUGUCGGACAGUUGGGCACCGAGUGGAGCGCUCCGGGCGAGUUCAACAAGUUCAGGUCCCAGUCCUCCAAGUCGGUCCACUUGAUGUCCUCCCGACGUUACUACUUUGAGCUUCUGCACAAGCAGGACGACAAGGGCUCGGAUCACGUGGAAGUCGGGUGGCGACCGUUCCUCCCCGGUUUGAAAUACGAAGUGAUCGACUCGGCCUACAUUUCGUUGUACACUGACGAAUCCAGCUUGAAGAUGAACAGCGUGGCUCACAUUCCUCAGACCUCGGCCAGCCACGUCGGCCCGCCGGGGGCGGAGGAAAGCGGGGCCCCGCGCCACGGGGCCGAUAUGCUCAAGCCGGACCCCAGGGACACCUUCUAUAGCACUCCCAUGAUCUCACCCUCCCGUCUGGCAAAUGUUCUGCCGGCUUGUCUAUACUCUCCCACCUACGUGGUGAAAGAUUUCCCCAUGGCCAGAUAUCAGGGCCUGCAGUUUGUUUACCUGCCGUUCGUCUACCCCAACGACUUCACCCGGCUGACGCACAUGGAGCGAGAGAACAAGUGUUUCUACAGGGAGUCCCCCAUCUACUUAGAGAAGUUUGGUUUCUACAAGUAUAUGAAGAUGGAUGACGAGGAGGAAGACGACAGACCCUUUUUCUUUCCCAACCCUGACGAUUUCCAGGAGGAAGAUGAAACUGAGGCGGACGAAGAGCAGGAACCGGUCGGCACGCACUCGCCCGAGGAGCUCCUCGACCUGGGUCGGGGGCCCUCCGGACCGGUGUCGUUGCCUGCCGGGGGAGAGGUCCGAGGGGAGGAUCCCAGGCACCGGGAAGAUGCCCCCUCGGAGAGCGAAAGCCGCGGAAAUCCUGGAAAAUCCAAAAGCGACUCGGAACGCCGCGCCUCUCCGGCGGCGCCUUUCCGGACAGAUGGCGCCGUCCCGGGUCGCUCAUUGUCCUGGAGCCACACGGGGCCCGCCGGGAAAUUAGGCGGCUCUCUUCUUUUUCCUAAAAUGCCCUCCGUUUCUUCUCUGGCCCGUCGGAUGCCGAACGAGAAGCGGGAGCCCAAAUUGGAAAACCGGAAAGAUCGGCCCGUGGGGAACAAAGUCUAUGUCACCAGGCCUCGCCCCGACAGGGCGCGCCAUCCGGAGAGGAGGCUUAGGGAGGAAGGUCCAUCUCGCCGCUCCAGAGAGAUUUUUCCCGGAGUCUUCUUCUACCAAAGCGGGAAGACCGCCAGACCGGCAGCCAAGAGUAGGCCGGGCCCUGUUCCGCCCGUAAAAGGGGCCGUGGGGUCGCCGGACAAUCGGAGCCUUGCCGAUGCAGGUGAAAUACGGACGAACAGAAGCCCCGGGACGGCCGCCCCCCGGAGGCCCGACUCCGCGGAACGGGUGCCCACCCCUUACCCGGGGACCGCCGAAACUCUGGAGUCGCGGCCGGACCCCGAGCCGGACGAGGGCGAGAUGUCGGACUACGGCUACGAGGAGACGGAGCCGCGGCCGGGGUGGGCCGAGGAGAAUGUGGACUGGCGCCGGACCUUCUCCGUCAACCCCGUGGACUUUGAGCUCCUGCGCUCCGACUGGAACGACCUGCGCUGCAACGUCUCCGGGAACCUUCAGCUGGCCGAGAGCGAGGUGGUGGACGUGCUGGCUCAGUACAUGGAGAAGCUCAACCGACGCAACGGCGGGAUUUACACCCUGCUGCGAAUCGUCAACGUGGAGAAGCGGCGAGACUCGGCCAGAGGGAACCGCUACCUAGUGGAACUGGAGCUGAUGGAGAGAGGCCGCAGCGUGGUGCGACUGUCAGAAUACAUCUACGUGCUACUCAGGCGGGGCGGGGCUGCGGACCCGAGCGCCCCGGCACCGGCCUCGGGCCCGCCCCUCGCCGGGCCCCCCUCGCCCACGGACCUCGGCGCCGCCUACGCCGAGCCGCUGCUCUGCCAGCCUGUCACGCUGCGCUGGAGGAACGACGUCAUGGUGCACUUUGUGGUGCCGGUAAAGAACCAAGCUCGCUGGGUGCAACAGUUCAUCUGGGACAUGGAACAUCUCCACCGUAAAACCGAGGACGACAAUUUCAGCGUUAUCAUCGUGGACUUUGAGAGCGAAGACAUGGAUGUGGAGCAGGCGCUUCGGGAAAGCGCUCUUCCUAGAUACGAGUACCUGAGGCGAGAAGGCAACUUUGAGCGCUCGGCCGGACUCCAGAUGGGCGUAGAUACCAUCGAGGAUAGCCACAGCGUGAUCUUCCUGUGCGACCUCCACAUUCAUUUCCCUCCCAACAUCUUGGAGAGCAUCCGCAAGCACUGCGUGGAAGGACGCUUGGCGUUCGCGCCCAUCGUCAUGAGACUCGGCUGCGGGAGUUCGCCGAAGGAGCCCGACGGUUUUUGGGAGGUCAACGGCUUCGGGCUUUUCGGAAUCUACAAGUCAGACUUUGAUCAGAUCGGCGGGAUGAACACUGAAGAAUUUAAAGACCGCUGGGGCGGAGAAGACUGGGAGCUCCUAGACAGGGUAUUGCAGAACGGUUUGGAAGUGGAGCGGCUCCGCCUGAGGAACUUUUUUCACUACUACCACUCCAAACGGGGCAUGUGGAAUGCCCAAAAGGGGAAAAGUAUCAAGGGAUGAUUCCUAAAGGCAACUUUUGAAGCCGCCAUCUUGUUACCCAAAAGGGAAGGCGCUAUCUUGUUGCCAAAAACGAGUGAACUUUUUUUUUUGACAAGCUGUUUUUUGGGUGGGGAUCUGGAAAAAUCUCCUCAUACUUAAUAUCAUCAACCCUGACGUACGUAGAUAUGUAUGUGGCAUUUUUUGUCUCGUGAAGUCAUCGGCCGCCGUUGACAGCAACAGUCGUCCGAUUCGCGGAUGUCGACAAGUGAUGGACUCGUUUCGAUUCACGGUUGUCGUCGACGUCGCUGAAAGAGUUAACUCGUUGGCUGGCGCUGGCGGGGAUUGAUGUUCAGUUUGUUGGACAUGGGAGGGAUGGCAGUGAUUGAAUGUAGGAAGAAGAUUAUGUCGGUAGUAACCGAAGUAGCUAAAACUGCGAAAAGGAAGGUAAAAAAGGAACUGUUUAUAGAUGGGUGGGUAUUAAUGGAUGGGUAGGUAGGUAGGUAGGUAGGUAGGUAGGUAGGUAGGUAGGUAGGUAGGUAGGUAGGUAGGUAGGUAGGUAGGUAGGCAGGUAGGUAGGUAGGUAGGUAGGUAGGUGUGUGGGCAGGUAGCUAGUUUGGGCCUAAAUUAGCGAAAACCUAAAGCAAACGAAAAGGUAGGUAAGUAGUAUAGGUAGACGGGUGCUUAUACAUGGGUGGGUAGGUCGGUAGGUAGGUAGAUAUUCGUUGGGUAAGUAGGUAGGUGGGUUUGUAGGUAACUAGUUUGAUACCAAAUUAGCUAAAACCUUGUAAAGGUAGGUAGGUGGUUACUGUAGGUAGGUAGCUAGUUAAGUACCAAAUUGGCUAAAACUGCGAAAAGUUGGUAGAAAAGGUAUUUGAUAGAUGGGUGGGUAUAUGUGGGUGGGUAGGUAGGUACAGUAUGUAUACAUUUAAGGUGGUUGGUAGGUGUGUGGGUAGGAAGACAGUUAGGAAGAGAAUUAGCUAAAACCUCAAAAAAGUAGGUAGGUGGUUACUGUAGGUAGGUGGGUGGGUAGUUGGUUAGGUACCAAGUUAGCUAAAUUGGCAAAAAGGUAGGUAAGUAGUAUAGGUAGAUGGGUGCUUAUACAUGGGUGGGU